AUGAAUCCAAAAAAACUUAGUGGUGUAAUUAUAGUUUUGGUCAUAUAUUUGUUGAAUCAAAAUGCUCAUUCUCAGCUGCAGGUUGGGUUUUACACCUAUUCAUGUUUCAUGGCUGAGUUCAUUGUAAAGGAAGAGGUCAGAAAAAGUAUUACUAAGGAUCCUGGACUUGCUGCAGGGCUUAUAAGAAUGCAUUUUCAUGAUUGCUUUAUUAGAGGGUGUGAUGCAUCGGUACUUCUUGAUUCCACUCCCUCAAACACCGCAGAGAAAGAUUCACCAGCCAAUAAACCAAGUCUCCGAGGGUAUGAAGUCAUUGAUAAUGCCAAGGCUAGACUUGAGGCAGCAUGCAAAGGAAUUGUUUCAUGUGCUGACAUAGUUGCAUUUGCAGCAAGGGAUAGCUUGGAGUUAGUUGGAGGACUAGGCUAUGAUGUUCCUGCAGGAAGAAGAGAUGGUAGAAUAUCACUAGCUUCAGAUACAAGAACAGACUUGCCUCCUCCAACUUUCAAUGUUAACCAACUCACUCAACUCUUUGCAAAGAAGGGGUUAACACAAGAAGAAAUGGUCACUCUGUCUGGAGCACACACCGUUGGCCGUUCUCAUUGCUCAGCUUUCAGCAACAGAUUGUACAAUUUCAGCAGUACUUCAAUCCAGGAUCCAAGUUUAGAUCCCUCAUUUGCAGCACUGUUGAAGAAGCGAUGUCCACAAGGCAGCACAAACCAAAACUUGGUGGUUCCAAUGGACCCUUCAAGCCCUGGAGUUGCAGAUGUAGGGUACUAUAUUAAUAUCUUGGCAAACCGAGGCCUGUUCACAUCUGACCAGGCUCUCUUGACUAACAUGGAAACAGCCAGCCAAGUGAAUCAAAAUGCUAGGAAUUCCUAUCUAUGGGCAAGCAAAUUUGCAGAUGCAAUGGUGAAGAUGGGUCAAAUUAGUGCCUUAACAAGUGAUGCAGGAGAGAUUAGAACAAAUUGCAGGGUGGUCAAUAGCUAGCAAUAGUAGUGAAGGAUUGAAGUACCUGCAGCAUUAAAGAUUUAUAAAUUAUAUGGC